UCUGCAUGACGAACCAAUGGAAAGUAGCAGUGGGCGGGCUGUGGAUCCCCAGCUUCCGGUUCGUUGAGCUAGAUCCUCUCCUAAGCUACGUGUCUCUCUGCCUUCGCAAACCACCAUCCCGCAAUCAGCCAUGGAUCAGGUAAUGCAGUUUGUUGAGCCAAGCCGGCAGUUUGUGAAGGACUCAAUUCGGCUGGUUAAGAGAUGCACCAAACCCGAUAGAAAAGAAUUCCAGAAGAUUGCCAUGGCCACAGCCAUAGGAUUUGCUAUCAUGGGAUUCAUUGGCUUCUUUGUGAAACUGAUCCACAUCCCUAUUAAUAACAUUAUUGUGGGUGGCUGAGUGCUUUCUCUUCGUGGGAACUAGUGAACAAAUGAGAGUAUCUGGAUUUAGAAUUCUCAGCUAUUUCUCCAGCAACAUGCCUUCCUACAUGCUGCCAUGUUCCUGCCAUGAGGACAAUGGACUAAACCUCUGAAACUACAAGCAAGUCCAAUAAAUGCUUUCCUUUAUAAGAGUUGCUGUGAUCAUAAUGUCUCUUCACAGCAAUAGAACACUGACUAAGACACUC